CUUCUCGCCACCACCACUCAGCCUCAGCUCAGCUCUCGCAGAGAUGCCAAUGGAGAGGUCGGUGUCGUGCGCCGAGAGGCCGGCGGUUGCGGCGGUGGCGGCGCCGACGGACCUGCGGUGCUACAGCGCGUCGUACGUCACCUCCUACAAGGCGCCCGGCGCGGGCGCGGCGGCGGCCGGGACGAACACCAAGGUGAAGCGCGCCACGAGCGCCAGCGCCUGGUCGCGCCCGUCGGGCCCCGUGCAGCGGAGCGGCAGCACCAGGACCGUCUCCUCCGGCUGGGGCCCGCGCUCCGGCGGCCCCACGCCGGGGUUCAACCUGCGGAGCUACAGCGCCUCCUACGCCGCCUCGUACUCACCGUUCGAGGACGCGAAUCCGGCCAAGAACAACGGUGGCGGUGGCGGCGGAGGCGGCGCCGCGGCGGCGACGUGGACGUCGUCCGCGGCCGGGCGCCGGUCCGUGAACCUGAGAGGGUACACGCCGUCGUUCGCCGCAUUGGACGACACCGCCGAGGCUGCUCCCCCGAUCCCGGCCAAGAACAAGCAGGUGUCCCCCGCCUCCACCUCCCCCUCCGGCAGCUUCGUCGACGACGCCGAGCUGCAGCGGCGGAAGCGGCUGGUGGCCUACAAGGCGUACGACGUGGAGGGGAAGGUGAAGGACUCCGUCCGCCGCAGCGUCAAGUGGAUCAAGGGCAAGUACUCCCGCGCCGUCGACGGCAAGUGGUGAUCACCACCUCCCUCCCUCCCCGCCAUGCCUGCACCACCACCUGAGCCGCCGCCUCCUCUCCUCCUCCUCCUCCUCCUGGUGUGUGCGCCACCGCCGUCGAUUGCUACCUCCCUCUCACCAUGAUCACUGCACACCUUCAUUCGAUUUGUUCUUCUUACUCUAUUUCUCUUCAAUUUUUAGGAUUUAAUUUUGAUGAGAUUUGGUUGGUCUUGAUGCAUAUAGCUGCUGCAGCCAUGUAGUUAGUACUAGUGCUAUUAUCAGUAAAUUCAGUAUGAGGAUACAUGCAUAUCAUAUCAUAUAUGUGAGCAGUGCUAGCUUUCCCUUGUUGUGUUUUGCUUGCAGCUGCAGAGCAAACAAUCCAAGGAAAAGUGAGUGUGUGGGUGUUGUGAUUGGCUAUUGUACAUAUGAGUAUGAGUCUACACUAUCUCUGUACCCAGUUUACCAUCACCUGCUCCAGCUGUGAUAUACUCUAGACAGUGUGUAGUUACAUA